AUGUUCCAAACCUUUCGGUACAACCACAUCCCCGCCCUACUCGUCGCUGCCGCUCUCUGCUACCCCACCAUCGCAGCCAUCUUCAUCAGCCCUAACGCCGUCCUCAAGGGCAAUGGGUUUCCCCCACAUAUCGCUAGCUCCGAGGAGGCGUGGCUAGUCGAUGCCGCCGGAAAUGCGCGUAUGCUAUGCCUGGGCGGUCUCAUGUUUUACUUUUAUCGACGGGGCGAUUAUCGCGUCCUCGACACUUUUCUCGCUUCUGCGUCGACGAUUGGGAUUGUUGAGUGCUUUGCACUUUGGGAUAUUGGGAAUAGGACUAUUCUUGUGUUGCGGUUUAUUGUCUUGUUUGUCGUUUCUGUCCUGGGGGCUGCUCAAGUUACCGAGCUUCCCUGA